AUCCUGAACAGUCUGUCGGUCUUUAUUUGUGUCCACUUUGAUAGACUCGUGUUUGACUAGUACAUUCGUGCGAUUGCAUGUAAUUCUCAAUUUCAUGAUGUACAUUGUAAGUGCUUGCAUAUCAUCAAAACAGCUCUACCCCGCCGAAAUUAUCCCCUUGACCUAGCUACCCCCAUCACGACCACCAUUGUGCUUGUUCUGUGCCAUUUCUCUCGACGAGAAGUCAUGACGUGCUAUUUAAUGAUAUUGUAAAAGAGCUUGAGCUUAGUAAAGAAGUUGCACGGCACCACCCGUAGUUUAUUUACCCGAGUAGAAAUUUUAUCAAAUGUCCGGUGGUGGCACUUCGGUCGCGGUCGUUGUCGCGACUUCCCGCCGCCGGGGCGGCCCCGACUCGGUGGCACCUAUCGGUGCAAAUAGCAGAAGUCUCUGCGGCUGCCUCCCCAAAUGGCUGCUUCCAAGAAGACAGGUGGUGAAAAAGCAGAGUCUGCUACGGAGCAGUGCCGGGAGGGGGAGUGCGGAGGAAGCGGAAUUAGUGCAAGUGGUUCCGGAUUUUGCGGUAGCAGGGACGGUCGCGACGGUGUCGACCAACGCGGGAGAGGGAACUACGGUGCUGUCUACUACGGCUAGCGCAGACUCUACAACAGCAGGAGAUGGAGGAGCGACAAGACAACAAGCCGCAGGAGGUGGUGCGUCAGCAUCUUCAACCACAGGAGCACGAGAAUCCGCUGCAGAAAAAGUCGAUGGAGCUAAAGAUGGAAAAAUACAGGUUUUCAGGUUUCACUCCGCCGUCUCCGAAGAUUUGUUCGCCGAAGCGCAGCAAGAGGGCGAGGCGAGGAAGUCAGACGGCAGGCAAGAACCAAUUUCACCACCGCUAGUAUCCUGUGCAAAAGUAUCGCGCUCGUACUAAUUGCAAACAUGCAUGACAAAUCUUCUUCCUAAGGUAAAACAGCAUUACAAAUUCCACUUUUCUUCUUGACAAAAUUUGUAUUGCAAAUUUUCUACUGAUGCGAUACUUUUGCAAUGCAUAAACGCCAAAACCAGACGACAUUUUACUGAAAGCGGUGAAGAAAUCUUCGACCAGAAACCGGCUAUCCAGGACGGAAAUGGAGAACCAAAUCCCGUUUUUAACAGCAGAACAGCAAGGACUUUUCGAAAACGAUCCGUAUCCUGUGGAAAAACGUCCCCACACCAGAGUUGUGAUGCAAAUGCGCAAUGACAGGAACAUUUGUAAUGUGCAUCUCCAUGAGAGGCAUUUGUUCCAAUUGUGUUUUGGCAUUUGUAAUGCUGUAAACAGGUUGAGAAAAUGGUUUUUUUAUGCGGCUACCCUUGCUAACCCCAGCUACACACACUGUAGAUGGAAACUUGUCAUGUACAACUCCCAAAACUUGAACAUUUGUGUUGCAGAUUUAGCAACUUGACUAUGGGGUGGGGACGUUUUUGCUUCGGAUAAUCCGUCAGUCAUCUUCAUUUUAACAAGAAGUAAGAACCUAAACACGAUCGUUUACAGAGAACUUGACUGGAAGAGUACAGAGAAACAACCACCAGCAUCAAGCACAUCAGCGACAACUCCUUCUUCCUCCUCUUCCCCCAACAGGUAUGGCAGCGUGAGAAAGAGCACAACCAGCACUAGUCCUCCGAGUUUUCUGAGAAAUCAAAACGCCGCGGCUUGGAACAGCAAGAACUACAAACCGUUGGAGGUUUUCUGGCAAAGAUUUGCGGACGAAGGGCAGCGGAAGCCGUUGACGUUCGUCGAACGAACCGCCGCCUUUGGGAUCAAAUCGCAAACAAGGAUAAAAUACGCCGACACAGCAACAUCCACGCCGGACGGAGGGGCGCUGACCUUCUGGGACAUCAGAUUAGCCGCGAAAACGUCUAUUCCUUUCACGCUGAGGCAAGUAAUACCUCCCGGGGACGUGGGAGAUAAAGAUCUUAGUAGCGCUGGGAAAGCAACAACAGCAACAGCAGGAACAUCAUCUUCUGAAGCAUCUGCCCCGACCAGGACACUACUGUAUACCACGGUGAAUGACAGCACGGUGAUCAUUAUCAACUGUAAAAAUGUCUGGGUCUGGAAGAGUCAUGCUGUUUUUGCAUGACACAGAAGGUCUGGCAUGGAAGCUGUAGCAUCACAGGUUUCGAGAACCUUCCGCAAUGCCGAAUCCGCAUGACAAGUCCCCUAUUUUGCUGACAAAAAGUGGGAGCUUUUGCUGCGUAUGCAUGAGAGACACUUCCGUGUUCUGAAAUACGCAUUACAAGUUGCAUUUUUCCAGACCCAGACAUUUUUACAUUUGAUAAUCAUCUUUCGCAUCCACGUGGUUGCGAACGGGUUUAAGGUACGCAUGGCAAAUAUGUCUGGGUCUGGAAUAAAAAUGGAACCUGUAUUGCGUGUCUUGCACGUCUGUCAAAUCUGUAUUGCAUGACCAAGAAAAUAAGCCCGAUCUCUUUUGUCAUGCAAAAACGCAGUUUCUGAUGCGUGCUACGCAUGAGGAAGUAGCGUCCUAAAAAUUUGUCAUGCUUGGCUGCACUCAGGGGUACGCUCAACCACCGCCACUCAGCAUUACAAGUUUCCAGACCCAGACAUAUUUGCACAUGCAUAUGAGGUUUCAAACGUCUUCCUAUACGGGUAUGAUCCGGAAACAAGGCGAAUAGAGGUCGAAGAUGUUUAUAACAGGAGGAUCGUUUCUAAAUAGUUAUAAGUUUUUCAACAGAAAUUUAUCAUGCCGUGCUAGUGUUACCACCACUUCUAGAUGAUCCUGGUACAGCAGCAGUCGGUUUGCUGUCAUAGCGGGCUUUGUCGGACACUCGUUCGGUUCUCGCUACGCUGCUAUCAACCAAAUUUCGCCGUCGCGAACGCGCAUUUAUUAACAGCCGUGAGCAUUGGUUCUGCUUCAUGGUCAUGGAUUUUUUACUUCAUCUCGAGAAUCAUGCAAAAAUGCAAGAUGUUGCUG